CUUUCUCUUUUCUUUUACUGAUCGUGACUGCACUGCCCUCAAAACACAGAGAGGCCACUGGAGCCUUCAGCAGAAAAUGGAAAAACUGCACACAGUGGUGAAUUUUUGUAUCCGCUACCAAAAGACUCUGGGUUACAGCAUCGUGUCCUUGCUGACAAUUGCCAGCGAGCAAAUCUUUUCCUCCGUGGCCUUCAGGUGUCCCUGCAACUCCUGGAACACCCUGUAUGGAUGUGUCUUCCUCCUAGUGCCAGCCCUCCUUCUCUUUCUGCUUGGCUACAUGGUCAAUGCCAGGACUUGGCUCCUGCUUACAGGCAGCUGUCCUCAGGAGAAGAAACACUGCUGUGGCUUUGGGGAAAAAGGUUGCUUCUACCUGAAAGUGUUGGCAUCGGUGACAGCCAGCACCUUGGUGGCCCCCCUCACCUGGAUCGCGGUGGCCCUGCUCAGUGCCAGCUUCUAUGAGUGUGCAGCCAGCGGGAGCAGCCUCAUCAGGCACAGGGUGUGCAGGGACAUAGACAAGCUUACAGCAUGCCGGGAGCUGCUGGAGAAAAUACCCUGUGAUGAGAAAGUUGUUGGGCAACUGCUGAAUGAGAAUUCAGCUUCUAAAGUUGGACUUGUCAGCUUUCGAGCACAGUCUCAGAUCCUAGGAUGGUUGCUGAUAGUCACCAUCAUUAUUGUGGCACUCAUUUCAACGUGUAUCAGCCGCUGUUUCUCCCCAGUUAGCUAUUUGCAGCUGAAGUUCUGGAAAAUUUAUUUGGAAAAGGAACGAGAACACUUCGAAACCAAGGCUAAAGAACAUGCAGCUCAGCUGGCCGAAAGGAACAUAAAUUGCUUUUUUGAAGCCACCAACCCACCACCAUUUCAGACUCCCAGCAAUGACAACUGGCAGAAGAUUUCAUUCCCGUAUGCCUUCAGUAAGAAUAAUCAGUAUUACAGCAUGAUACACAAAUAUGCUAAUGCAAGCAGAGGCAACAUCAGUACCGUCAGUGAAGGAGAUCAGAUUUGCUCUGCUUUAGAGUUUGUGGAUGAAGCACAUACAAGUGAGCAAGCAUUUUAGUAAAGAAAACAGUUUGUAACACUGGUAAUCUUUUAACAUUACUGAUCUGAAAGAAGCUUUAUUCUGUGCUCUUACUGAAAUCAAUGAGAACUGUAUGUUAAAGGCUGGUAUUGUAAAUCCUGGGAGACUUUUUAAAAUAAACUUUAUUCUUUUGCUUAAGUGCAUUUAAAUAAGUGUAUGGUUCACAAUGGGAUUUUUUUUUUUUAAUGUCAGUGGUCAUUAAGAAAAAGUCAUAUGUGAAACAGUAAGCAUCCACAGCAAAGAUGUCAGCUGGUAAUAUGUGAUUGCUACCAAACAUUUUAAGGGCAUUUGGCAGCUGGAGUGACAAAACCAAGCUUUCAUGCCUUUCAGUAAUAAAAAGGCAAAAAGGAAUGGAAAUUUUGACCAGAAUUUUGGCUUACUUUAUCAGCUAUCAUUUGACUUAACAUUAUAUUUUUCAGUGGAACCUAGAGCAAGCUCAAGUCUAAGAUAUUCACUAUCAGACAAUUGGUUUCUCAAGGCAAGGAGGAUGUCUUUUAAGAUCCAGAAUGCAGUUAGCAUCCUGGACACAAAGACUAGAUAUACUGUCAUUGUUUUGUGAUUUUUGGUUACUGGUAUUCCACAUCAUAACAUCAUUUCGUGCACGGGGAGUUAAAGUGUUAAUGCUCCAGUUCUGGGCAUCUGUCUGGAAAAGAAGAACUACAUACCCCAGGGGGCUUUGCAGUCAGAGAGGAGAUAUAACCUCUGGCACAGUCACUUGAUGUCCCUUCUUCUUCCCUUGGCUCUUGUCCCGACCACACGCAUUGCCUCAGUACUACUAUAAGGCCUACAGCUUUCAGAUACUCUUUCUCUCAUUAUAUUUGAUUUAUUGGCUUCAAUUCUAAUUAUAUUGUAUUAUAACGUGUUAUCUUGCAUUCUGAUACUGUAUUUAGUAAAUUAGUUUGUUUCUCCUCAGAUCGUUGCCACCGUUUUUAAUUAUUUUGGGGUCCCCUGUUUCCCUUUCUCAGAGGCGCGGAUUUUGUGAAAUCCCUCCUUCCCACUAGUCACGGAACUGGGCUGAACCAGCCCAUAAACCAUUGACAUAUACAAAGAAUGACUUCAGCUGAUCAUCAGCUGGAAUAAGUGAGCAAAACAAUUCCAGCAAUUUACUCCUAUGUCUCCAGCUGCUUCGGGUAAUAACAGUGGAAUUGAAAUUUUCAGCUGUUUUGAAUUUUCUUUACCCCUGUCUGAUCACUUUUUGCAACAGGAUUUUUUAUUAGCUUUAUUACUUUUCCCAUUACCCUAAAAAUCUUCCAUGGAAAAAAGUAGGGUUUGGAAUGUUUCAAGCAAAGAAAAACAACAUUAAACUUCCAGUUUAUAUUAUUCCA